GGGCAGAAGCAUUCCCACAGACAUGGGGCACAGCAGAAGGCGGCAUCCUGUGGAGGCUGAAGCCAUUGGAUUAAUGCAGAAUGGCAACCAUAAGAUGUACAUGUUUUCGGUCGUGUGGUCUGACCAUAACAAGGUCCUUAUCUACAGAACCUUUGGCGAGUUUAAGAAGUUACAGACAGGUCUAAAGAAGAAAUUCCCAUUGGAAGCCGGGUCCUUGAAUAAAUCGGAAAGAACUCUGCCCAAACUGAGAGCUGCUCCUAGAACACUUGUAAAGAAAAAGAACACCAGGAAGUCACUAGAAACACUUAGGAAGCUGGAGACCUAUUCACAAACAUUGCUGAAGCUGGAUGCCAAUAUCUCGCAGUGUGAUUUAGUGGUGCAGUUUUUCACUCUGCAAAACCACGACCUCAACCCACCGAUCGCAGAAGACAGUCUUUUCAUCGUGCCAUCUGAGAAGAAAGAGGAAAGCCGCAUUGCCCCAGCUUAUCUCCCUGAUAUAUCCCUACCUAUGAUCUCACACAGUUACCUCUGUAUGGCAGACUAUGAAACAGUUGAUCUGAGGAACAGGACGUUUAGGGUGAAGCGUCACGAGCUCCUGGACGUUCUGAUAAAGGAAAGCACUGGCUGGUGGCUGGUGGAGAACCACGAGCAACAGUUGGCCUGGUUUCCGGCUCCGUACCUGCAGGAUCACAGGAGUACUGAGGAGCGUGGCAGUGAUGAGGAAUGCCAAGACGAGGGUACAUUGUGCGUAGUAAUUAAAAGCUACGAAUCGCAGAACAUUGAUGAAAUUUCUGUCACCAUCGGGGUUGUGGUGGAAGUGUUGAAGAAAUCGGACUGUGGAUGGUGGCUGAUCAGCUACAACAGAACGACUGGUUACAUCCCAUCUCUCUACCUGAAACCAUAUACAAACCUGUGUGAGAAGAUCCAGAAUAUCCUCAACAGGAAACAACAUGUGUCUACCCCCAGUCUGCAUGAAGGGAAAUGCUAUAGAGAUGCUUAUUCUUUUCUACAUCACAGACAAUCCUUAAAUGACCAGAGAAAGAAGGGAAACCUCUCAGGGAACAGAGAGAGGUCCCAGUCACUGGGGGCUGCAUCACUCUGCUCUGAAGCCAGGUCUGACCGGUAUUCAGACAUAGACAGCACAACAGGAAGCAGCAGUGGCUUAAACUCCACCUACAGUGAGAGCUCUUCAUUGGCCAACUCCAGCCCACCACUAUCAGCAAAGACAUCUUUGUCCGAUAUGCCCAAAGUUCCUCCGAGACCCAACCCUGAUGAGAUCUUACGGAAGUGCAGCACAGUCACCAAGAAGAAAGUGCAAAGAUCUCUAGCGGGUGUUGGGACAUUAGACCCCUUUUCACCUCUGUAGGUCAUAAACUAUUGGGAUGGAAAGAUGAGAUUGGCGCUGUUCCAUCUUCUGUCCUGCAGAGAACUGACUCAGAUGAUGUGAAACAUUUCAUUCUCCUCUGAUGCCCCAAAAUUAAUGAAGAGUACUCACAGGAUGGAGGAUCAGGUGGUUAUUAGGUGUGGACUAUUCUCGUACACUGAACUUAAUGGUUCUGGGUUUUUUUCUUUUACACCCUGACAGAGAGGUGAGGUUCCCACACCGCAUAGACACGGGGAUUGACAACAGACAAAAUAAUUCUGUUAUCCUAUAAUAAAAAUCCCACCUCUCCUCUCGAAUAUAAACAACUCAGGAGUUAGUUCCUGGGAUCAAGCCUAAUAUAUUUCUACAUAGGCUUAUCGACACCACCAAAACGGUCAAUACCUGGUCUCAGUUUAUCCUGUAUUUGCAGGGCAUCAUGUGGAGCUGAGUACAUCCUGUAUUUAUAGGGCACCACACUCCAUCUGUAAGUCAUUAGUUAUUUUGGCAAAGUUUGCCUGAAAUGUUUGUACAUAGUGGUAACGCUAUUAGUUGUAGUAGAAUUUUAUCUACCAAAAAUGUUAGGUGAGACAAGGCCUGAUUAUGAAUCUCACGUAAUGCUGAUGUUCAAAGAGUUAAGCUAUUUUUUUGCUACUGCAUAUGCAUGAAAAUCCCUAAAAGCUCAUAUAGGACACAUGUGUUCCAUGGUGUGUAUACACACAGGCGCAGCUGCAAUUGAAACGCAAUACAGAAGUGUAUUGGAAAUCUAUUGGGCGCUCCUAUGUCUUAUGAGGGGGACCUUGGACUGCACACCCUAAUUCCAUUAAUAAUGAGAAGUGCUAUCAUGCUGAGCCUUUUAGUGCCACACAGGAAAAAAAGAAAAUGCAGAUGCACACUCUAAAGCAGGGGUGGCCAGACUUUUGGAGUCGGUGAUCUACUUUGAAAGCUACAAAGCUUUUGUGAUCUACCUAGGUGGGAUAAUAGCGCGCGCCCAAAAAAAGGGGGCAUGGCAUAACAAAAAAGUGGGCGUGGUAUAACAAAAAAAGGGACGUAGCCUUGCUGCACAGAGUGUAAUGACUGUCUCGCAUGAAAUAACACAUUGGCCCCCACAGGUAAAAACCUUAAACACAUAUGCCCCCACAGUGCCAGAUACACAUAUGCCCCACAGUGCCAGUUAUGACCCCACAGUGCCAGAUAUGCCCCCACAGUGCCAGAUAUACCCCCACAGUGCCAGAUACAGUUAUGCCCCCACAGUGCCAUGGGCAAACAGUGCUAGAUAUGCCCCCACAAUGCCAGAUACAGAUAUGCCCCCACAGUGUCAUGUGCCCACAGUGCCAGAUAUGCCCCCACAGUGCCAGAUAUUCCCCCACAGUGCCACAUAUGACCCCACAGUGCCGGAAUCAGAUAUGACCCCACAGUGCUAGAUAUGACCCCACAGUGCCAGAAUCAGAUAUGACCCCACAGUGCCAUGUGCCCACAGUGCUAGAUAUGCCCCCACAGUGCCACAUAUGACCCCACAGUGCCAGAUACAGAUAUGACCCCACAGUGCCAUGUGCCCACAGUGCUAGAUAUGCCCCCACAGUGCCACAUAUGACCCCACAGUGCCAGAUACAGAUAUGCCCCCACUGUGGCAUGUGCCCACACUGCCAAAUAUGCCCCCAUAGUGCUGCUUACCGUUUUGCUGCUGUGUGGAGAGCGCAGCGCGCACCUCUCCUGCCUGCUGCCCUGCCUCCCAGUCUGGUCUCCGGCAGUGAC